AUGAAGAAUGAGUUUGAAAGAAAGAAACAAGAAAUAUUAGCUGUUCAAAGUGCAUCAUCUGUGGAUGGAGAAACUAAUUCAGCUAUUCAGUUAGCUCAGUUAAGUGAAAUAGAUAUCUGGGUGCAAUCUGUUGGUGGAAAGAAAAAAGGAAAAGUCAAGGGUCUUGGCUCCCUAGGUCGAAGUGUAAAGGCAACUAACAGUUCAACUUCAACUUUGCCAAAAGAAAUUAAUGAGAUGAUUAAGUCUCAGGUUGAUGCUUCAAAUGCUAAUUUGUAUGCUCAGUUGCAGAAUGAGCGAAAGAAAAAUAAGAGGAUGAGAAAGGAUUUACACUUGUUGAUGAAGCAUGUAUACAACAAAUCAUCUUCAAACAAUGAACGUCCAUCUCAAGAAGACUACCAAGCUUUUGAGGAUGAAAGUUAUGAUGACUCAAACAACGUGAAUGGAAGUGAUAAUCCCGAUAACGUGAAUGAAAGUGAUUCUGACCCUGAUAGUUGGUAG